ACUGUCGGCCGCCUUCGUGCCUACUCCGGCCUCGCCAUGAGUGACACCAGCGACAUGAACUCGGACGAGCAGUGCAAGUCGAGCGGUAAGAAGAGCAACAAGGACAAGAAGACCCAGAAGAAGGCUGAGAAGCAGCAACUGAAGGAACAGCAGCAACGGAACUCAGUCGCCGAGGACCUGGCCGACCCCAUCAAGGAGUUCAUGCAGCCCGAGGAAGAAGAAAACGAGGAGUUGCGCAACAAGGCCAUCCAGGCUUUCCGGGAGUGGGUGCUGCAGCAGCCUCACUUCGUCAACCCCAGGACUGACGACAAGUUCCUGCUGAGGUUCUUGCGCUCGCGCAAGUACUGCAUGAGCUCUGCCCAGGAGACCUUUGACCGCUACCUGACCGUGAGGACGCAGCACCCGACCUUCUUCAAGUGCCCCGACAUCAUGGAGGAAUCUCUUCGCGACCUGCAUGCUAAGGGGUAUUUCUUCCCGCUCUUCGAGAAGGACAGCGAGGGACGCACCGUUGUGCUCGGAGUCGCUGGUGCUCUGGAUCCACGGAUCCAUAAGACCAUAGAUAUCUACAGAGCGUUCUCGAUGAGCUUCGAAGCGCUUCUGGAGGACGAGGACAACCAGAAGAACGGGGUCACCUACAUCUUGGACGAGAGCGGAUUCCGGAUCAGUCACCUGGCACACGUCAACCUCAGGGAUGUCCAGAAAGUCAUGAUCAACGGAGAGAAGGGAUGGCCCAUGCGCCACAAGAACAUCCACUGGGUCAACGUGCCCAGGUACAUAUCCGCCAUCUACGACCUGGCCUUGAGCAUGUUCAGCCGCAAGCUGCAGAGCAGGAUGUUCGUCCACUUCGAAGUGUCCAGCCUGCACGAACACAUAGCUCCAGAAAUCCUGCCCAAGGAGUUUGGGGGAACCAUCCCCGUCGCAGUGAUGGCAGAUGCCUGGAUCAAGAAGCUGGAGGAGUUGCGGGACCUGCUGAUGUCCCACGACCUCAUGGGUGUCGACGAGAGCAAGCGGGUCAAGAAGGACAAGAAGCAAGGCUACGGACUCAUGCGGCUAUGGAACAGCAUCACGCGGUUAGAAGUGUACUGAGCCCCCAAACUGGACGCUGAAGCUGCGCCACGCACUGUUCGGUUCCCCUUAAGCCCCCGAGGUGUUCGUCGAAUGUGUACCGGCCGUUGCUUCUUCAAGAAAUGUCUGUCAACUGCCGACAGCCGUCGAGAAAGUUGGGAUGGAGAGUACAUAAGGGACAAUGAAGCAGGCUUUGAGGGUUGUGUCUGACUACCCAAACAAAAGAUGAAUAGGCGGACGGAAGUCCUACUAAGGUUCCUUCUUCUUAUAUACAUAUUAUAAUGUCACAAACCGAUAAUAGUCAAGGAGUAGCCAUAGAAGUAAAUGUGGUGCAAAAUAGUGAAACCAGCGGCAAGUGGCGUCGGUUGCACGAGCACUCUCACAACACAACCACGGUUCUUCAAGGAACGUGCAGUCUGGAAAGAACAGUUGCAAGACAGAGCGCACAGUGUGCGAGGCAUUCUGUAUAGCAAAACCAUUUCAUCGCAUGGCCGAAAUGUAACGUUUUGGCAGCAUCGCUUUGCAAGGGAACAUACUGAGAAAUUUACGAACAUCGCCAUUCUCUAUUCAGCACAUCUUGGCCAGAAAAUCAUCGAGCACUGUUUUAUGUCCCUUCAAUGUACUAAGAUGCUCACUGAUGUCUUUUUUAUUAACUUUUUGAGUUCAAUUUUUUCAGAGUACUCUUGCGUUUGUUUGUAAUAAAUUGUUGGUCUUGUGCAACACAUUUGUACUUUUAAAGUGUUGUCCCCACUUCAAAAAAAAAAAAAAAAACUUAGAAAGAAGUUGAGGCCUGGAGGGCUGGCACCCUCAGAACGAUUAGAGUCAGAACACGUACAUCAUGCCUCUCAGCAUGUCAUGGCUUUGAGUUAUACCAUUGCUCCAUACUUGCUAGAAUGGUAGAAUAUAUUACAAUAUUGAUCCCAGUGAGAAUGUAUCUUUAUUAACAUUAAUA